AUGCCCUUUUGGACCCAUGUCAACUUACCGCAAACCGCCAGUCGAUUGGGAAAUUUUGCCACUAGAGAUUUGGAGCUUGAUUCUCAGGCAUGCAACACUCGUUCCCGAUCUUACCUCGACAGAGCUAUGCAACUACGGUAUGGGCAACCCCAUGGUGUCACAAAGAACAAAGAUGCACAAGCGGUCUUUGGUGAGAUUUAUGUCUUCUUCUUCAACCCAUUGAUUGUCAUAUUGGUUCUAGAGGACGAAGCAAAGUCUGGUUCGGGUAUGCAAAACUUGGGGAAGUCCCUGGCUUCACUGUACGAGGGUCUCAAGCGUUCUCAUCGCCCAUUGAUUGAUUCCGAUACUGGAGAGCUGUCUUUAGGUUGGUGGACAAAACGAUUAGAUGUUAGGAUGCGAGACUCUACCGACGAUGUCAAGAGCGAUAUGGUUCUCGUUGGGAGAAUUGUCGCUAUGCUGCCGAACCUUUCCAUCCUUACAUUCGAUGUCCGUGGCUAUGGUUAUUGUCCAGUCUAUGGAGGCCUGCAGACUCUUCCAAGCAAUGUACUGCGAUCAACCUCUCCUGAGAAGCUCAACGUGGUAUACUGGCACAGUCCAAAUGUUCUACCUAUGGCAGAGUACUGGCUCGAGCUUCUGAGUAGUCGGCCUUAUCUCCGCUCGAUCAGCGACUUCGCAUGGGGAGACCAUCGUCCCAUGGCCACCGCCGUUCCCAACUUUCCCUCACUAACGUCUUUGCAUCUAUCUCGUUCGUGGAGCGCCGAAUACUUUAGUCGCUUAGAGCUCCCCCACCUCCAGCACUUAACAUAUCGUGCGAACCACGACUUCACGCAAAAUUUAGCUCCGUUUCUCCAAAACCAUGGCGCAAACCUGAUGUCUUUCACAACGGAUUGUUCCGCGAAUAUCCUCCCGCUGAUUUUGGAAACCUGCCCAAAUCUCAUAAGCUUGGAGCUUGUCGUGGGUGACUGGAUCUCUUUACCUGACAAUAGGCCCGCACUCCCCCUAUCAGAACAAUGA